UGUCUACUUGUGUUUGUGCUGCUGGUGUUGAAAAGCCAUUCAUCUGUCAAAUAAAAUGCCUAUAAUUAUUAUCAGUGUUUUUUUUUUUAUAUAUAUAUAUAUACAUAUGGUACAUGUGUGUGUGUAUAUAUAUAUUUAUAUUUGGUUAUUUUUAUUUGUGUCUAUUGUUAUAUACUGGGUAUGGAUCAGUAGAGUAGAAUGUGAGGACUUUCUGUUUGUAGCAUAACUUGAAUUCAAAUGUUACCUAUAUUCUAUCUAUAUGGCUACCUACUUCAGGUUUUCUUUUUGGAAUGUGAUAAUGUAUGUUUUCUCUGGCAACCUAUAUAUAUAUAGUAUUUAUAUUACAAAAUCUGUAUAGUCUCUAUAUGGUGUUAGAAUGUUUCAAUUGUGUAACUAAAUUAGGGCUCGAUAGCUGAGUGGUUAAGCACUAGGCUUACGAACCUGUGGUUCUGUGUUUGAUGAUUGCAUAAUAUAUAGAACAAUUAAAAACAACACAAGAUACAGAAAUAGCAUCUUUCCACCCAGAAAAAUGUCAGUUGCUGGUACCGUGAAAUGGGGUGACUUUGCCUACUCUAUACCGGUACUUAAAAUGUGAAAAGUUUCUAUAAUGAUUUUCUAGAGUAGUUUCCCUUCUGUUUUUAUAUGUAUAUGAAAGAAUAUAGGUUAGUGCUUAGUAAACACACUUCCUUUUUCCUGUAGAAAGCUAAACAAGCCUUACACACGUUUUGAAACCAAAGGUUUUCAGGACCAACAUUUUCAGCUAUUUUUGAUAAUCAUGCCACGGAUAUAUAAGAGGAAGCUGGGCUCACGAAAAUAUAAGGACUAUGAGGAAGAAACAUUACUAAAAGCUAUAGAAGACUGUAAAAAACCAGGAAUGAGUAUUGCUGAAGUAGCAAAGAUAUAUAAAAUCCCUCAUAGAACUCUGAGAAAUAAAGUUGGUGGUCAGCAUAGUAAGUCUCAUGGUGGACAAUGCGCAUUGCCAAGUGUGCUAGAGGAUGUUCUUGUAAAACAUCUGUCAACUUGUGCUGACUAUGGGAUGCCUCUUGAAUGGAGAGAUAUCAAGAGCUUGGUGAAAGGCAUUCUUGAAAUGGAAAACAUUGUAAUUAAAAAAUUUACAGACAACACCCCAGGAGAUGAUUGGGUGAGAGGUUUUUUGUCGCGCCACGAAGACUUGAUAACUCAGAGAACUUGCCAAAAUAUCAAGCGUCAAAGAGCUGCAUUAAGCCACGAUGAUAUCAAUGUUUAUUUUGAACACCUGAGGAAGUCUCUAGAGGGUGUUAGUGCUGAAAACAUAUUAAACUACGAUGAAACAAAUUUGACAGAUGACCCAGGUCAGAAAAAGUGUAUCUUUAGAAGAGGGAUCAAGCAUCCAGAAAGAGCCAUAAAUUUUUCUAAGGGCAAUAUAACUGUUAUGUUUGCAGGAUCAGCAGCUGGAGAGUUUCUACCCCCAUAUGUCAUCUAUAAAUCUGAACAUCUGUGGCACUCAUGGUGUGAAGGCGGUCCACCUGGAACAAGAUACGGUCGAAGCAAAAGCGGCUGGAUGGACAGUGUCAAUUUCGAAGAAUGGUUUUUGACCAUUGCUGUACCAUGGGCCAGAAGAAAGCUGGGACGUAAAGUAGUGAUUGGAGAUAAUCUCAGCUCACAUAUCAGUCACUUGGUCUUGAAGAAAUGUGAAGAGCACAAUAUUGGUUUCAUCUUGCUUCCCCCAAAUUCAACUGACAAAUGCCAGCCCCUGGAUGUAUCAUUUUUCGCUCCUCUGAAAAGAGAAUGGCGAAGAUUGCUGGAAUCUCAUAAAGUGAAACAUCCUUCGUCUACUUCACUUGACAAGAAAAUUUUUCCUGCAAUGCUUGGCUCUCUCAUAGAUGGAAUGGGGAUGAGGUGUGCGCAAAACUUAAUGUCAGGAUUCAGAGCCUGUGGCAUUCAUCCACUUGAUCCACAUCAAGUGUAAAAAAAAAAUCCCUGCCGCAGAAGUCCUCACCGAACAAAGUGUUUCAGAAGUAGUUCUUAACUAUUUACAAAACAGUAAAUUUUCUCCUAAUGCCUAUAGAGGGAGAAGUACUGGUAACACAAGAAAAAAGUUACAUGUUCCACCAGGCAAAUCUAUAAGUGUGGAAGAACUUGAUGCAAAUUCAGAUACCGGUACCAGGAGGCAACAAUCUACACCAUCAGUUGAACCAGUAACACAAGUAGUGGUACCUGUAGAUGGCAUUCAAGGUACCAGUACUGGUACUGGCAAUGAUUCAUCACAUGCCAGUAGUGAAGAAAUCAUUACUGAUUCAGAUGAUGAGUGGCUACCUCCCAGGCAAAAAAAAAAGUGUUCGAAAAAUAUUUUCGAAGUUGAUUUUUCAUGUUAAAAAUAAAUUUUGGUAUUAAAUCAUUAAAAUUUCUGUUUUUUAUAUUUAAAUUGUUGUCAUAAUCAUAUAAAAUGUUUUUCUGUAUAAAUUGUUAUCUAUUGACUUUCUAAAAUACAUUUAUUAAGAAAAUAAAAUUGGAAGGCAAAGUCACCCCAUUUUACCAUUUUGGAAAAAAUGUCAUUC